CGUCUCAAAACCAAUCAUCGUUAGUUCGUUACUUACGAGCUCUCCCUGCACCAAAUCAAAAAGAUCGCAGAAUUUCUAGGGUUUGAUUUUUCUCAACUCCUCAACUACCAAGGUUUGCCGAAAUCUCAAAUUAGGGUUUUUCUUUUUCCUUUUACCUUUUUCUUUUUCAAUUUCAUUAAUUGUUUUGUCUUCUUCGAUUCAUAACCCAAUUUUUUAGGGUUUCGUCAUUCAGUUUGGUGAUACUGUGAUUCCUACGGUUAGGGCUUCGAACCCUUUUCUCUGUUUCUUUUCUAUUGUUCUUCGAAUUGUUUUGUUUACCAGUUUUGAUUUGAUUAAAAAAUGGCAGCAGGAAGACAUGGGGGUUAUCGUGAUAAUGAAUUUAGGGAUCGUGAAUCUGAUCUUAAAAUUGGUGGGAAAAGGCAAUUUCUUAGUUGUUCAGGUGAAGGAUAUGAUCGUGAUCAAAGAAGACGGAGUCCAAUUGGGGGUGAAAGGGAUAGGAUAUCUGUAAAUUCGAAGAUUGGGGGAGAAAGGGAUAGGAUUUCUACAAACUCGAGCAAUUCGGGUAUUAAUGGGAAAAUUGGGGUUCUUGAUAAUGGGGGUAACGAUGCCGGAAUUGGGGUUAAGAAGCGGAAAUUUUCUCCUAUUUUGUGGGACAAAGAAGAGAAGAAGGAGGAGGUGAGUAAUUCGAUUAAAACUAGAGUUGUUCCUAAGAGUUUUAGGGUUUCCUCGGUAUCUCCAGUAAAAUCUGGAUAUAGAGAAGAGAAGGAGGUGAUUAGAACUAGAGUUUAUAAGAAUUCUAGGGUUGUCUCGGUAUCUCCAGUAAAAUCUGGAGAUAAAGAAGAGGAGGUGAGUAAUUUGAGGGAAAAGAAAGCUGUUUCUAAGAAUUUUAGGGGUUCUCCUCCUGCAGUGAAAUCUAGAGAUGUACUCUUAGACAGGGUUUUGCAGGAACCUUCCAUCAAAGUUGGCUGUUCUCAUGCUGAUUCUGUUGCAUCACCUUAUGCAGCUGGAUCUACUGUAAAGGAAACACACUCAAUGUCAUAUUCUCCAUCUGCACCAGAGCAGCUUAGGAGUGAUGAUUGCGAACCUGGGGAAAUAGAAGAAGAGGAGUUUGUUUCACGAAACAUUUCGGUGUCACGGUGGGCGGACGUGAGGCUAUCACCUGGAGAAAAGGACCCUACUCCAGAAGUUGGGGAAUUCAUAAGGGAAGGAUCAGGAGCUAAAUCAUCGGGUUCUGAUGAAUGUUUGGCUGGGUCAGUUAGCAGUAGUGGUGACUACUCUGACCAUCUGUUGGUUAACACUGACUUUGUAGAUAUCAAUGAGGAUGACAUAAAUAAAGAUGGUAGUGCAAACUAUUCUGAUACUGACUCAGAUGGGGAAAUUUGUAGGGGUAAAUGCAUAAAGAAGAAUAUAAAUAUGCUUGAAGGGUGUAGGAGUGUUCAUGAGUUUGAGAGGCUCAAUAGAAUAGAUGAAGGUACAUACGGUGUUGUCUUUAGAGCUAGGGAUAAGAAAACUGGAGAAGUUGUAGCCUUGAAGAAAGUAAAGAUGGAGAAAGAAAGAGAAGGUUUUCCUAUGACUGCUCUAAGGGAAAUUAACAUUCUUUUAUCUACAGAUCACCCAUCAAUUGUUGAGGUUAAGGAAGUUGUUAUGGAUGGCCUUGAUAGUAUUUUUAUGGUUAUGGAGUACAUGGAGCAUGACCUGAAGAGCAUAAUGGAGACAAAGAGACAGCCUUUUAGUCAGAGUGAAGUUAAAUGUCUCAUGUUGCAGUUGUUGGAGGGUGUUGAGUAUCUUCAUGAUAAUUGGGUACUUCACAGGGAUUUGAAGACUUCUAAUAUUCUUAUGAACAAUCAGGGUGAGCUGAAGAUCUGUGACUUUGGAAUGUCUCGCCUAUGUGGAAGCCCAUUGAAGCAAUAUACCCAACUGGUUGUUACUCUAUGGUACAGAGCACCUGAGCUUUUAUUAGGGGCAAAACAAUACUCAACAGCAAUUGAUAUGUGGUCGUUGGGUUGUAUGAUGGCUGAGCUAUUAUCCAAGGAACCCCUAUUUAAUGGAAAAACUGAAGUUGAUCAGCUUGACAAGAUUUUCAAAACCCUUGGUACUCCAAGUGAGGCGAUUUGGCCAGGUUUUUCUGAACUGCCCGGUGCCAAGGUCAAAUUUGCCAAGCAACAGUAUAACUUACUGCGCAAGAAAUUCCCACCCACAGCUUUCACUGGAUCACCAGUUCUUUCGGAUGCUGGAUUUGAUUUGUUGAACCGGCUUUUAACAUACGACCCUGCAAAGAGGAUUACUGCUGAAGAGGCUGUUAACCAUGAGUGGUUUCGCGAGGUUCCUCUUCCCAUGUCAAGAGAUUUGAUGCCAACCUUUCCAGCUCAACAUGCACAAGACAGGCGGGUAAGAAGAGUCAUGAAGAGUCCAGAUCCAUUGGAGGAACAGCGAAGAAGGGAGUUGCAACAGAAGAGAUUAGGCGCCAGUGGUCUUUUUGGCAGUGAGUUGUAGCUGUAUUCACGAAAUGUACUCAUUCCUGCUUGCAUGCAAGGCAUGUCAUAAAUACUUUAUUUUUGGGGAAUUACUGAAUCUUGUGUGUAUGUAUUAGAUUUAGAUUUUGACCGCUUGACACUGUAUAAAUAUCUUUCACUUAAAUGCAUAAUCCGGGUGAUUUUUCUGUUUAUCUUUGCAUUGUGUUUGCGAGACGCUGUUGGUGUGAAGUGGAGGGGGGUAUUCUUUACUUUACAUUCCUGAAGAAGUUCAAGGGUGUUCCAGUUUAAGUUGUGGCUACUUCCAAGCAUUACUUAUUUGAGCAUCACAUAACUACCGACUAUUGAAUGAUCCAGAUGUAAAUUUUUGAAGCAAGUGCCUGAACAUCAGUAACUUUUACUGCCAAGUGCAACUUCCCCAGUCCUUGAUUUGGUAAUCUAGAGACUUGUUCCCCGUGUUAAUUGCCUCAAUGUCCAUUGUAUCAUCCAUCUUUCCUGGUCAGGUACAUGUAAGUUUCCUGAAAAGCUACAUUUAUUUGCGUCUCAUAAUGUUUGUUUUUUGCGAGGGGGUUACCAAAUCAAGGACUAUGGCCUUCCCUUUUUAGGAAAACAUUGUUAGAGCCAAACUUUCUACAAGAGAGCAGUUGGUGUAGAUUUACUUUUUAAGCCCGUUUGAGGUUUAUUUUUUAUGCUCGUGUUCUUUGUUAUUGUUAGGAUCCCAUGCUCUGUAUUAUGAGAGGUAAUCCACUCUCCUUUAAUGAAGAGGGAAGGUCAGAGGUUUGCAUGUGCCAAAGGUGUACUUCUGCAGCUACAUCAAAUGACGCCCUUGACAUGUCAUCCUCGUUCAUGAAGAAAGCAGUUGGUUUAAAAUUAUUUUUUAAGCCUGUUUUGAGUUUUAUUUUUUAUGCUUGCGAUCUUGGUUAGGAAUCCAUGCUCUGUACUGGGAUUAUUAGAGGUAAUCCCAAUGAGGGGGGAAGGCCAUAGGCAGAGCCGUCUUAUAGACCAGGCCAGCUAAGCUGUUAGCCUAAAUCUUUUUAUUUUUGGGGCUUUUUUACUGCUUGUUUUUCUUUGCUAUCUAGGAAGUGCCGUUGCAUAGUGGUCUACCACUGUUUUUGUUGAUAGGCUAUCCGUUUGUUUUGCAAACAUUGCGUGCUGCUUUCCAAUUCCUUCUAGCCAGUACUCCUGUGCAUUUUUAUGUAAAAACAUUAAAAUUCGUUGUAUUAAACAAUUGUUAUCCAACUAAUUUAAGCAUCUUCCUCAGUA